AUGGCGUCGCCGCUAGACAACAUGCUCGGCGCGUCGGCAGGCUCGGACGAUUCCUCGGGGUCACCGUCACCACCGAGCGACGACACGUCGUCGCCGCCACCCUCCAGCUCCCCGCCAUCCACGCCGUCGGCGCCACCGUCCAACUCCUCCGGGUCGGGCUCGCCACCGCCUUCACCGCCCUCACCGUCGCAACCCGCGGCGUCGCUGUCGCCUCCAACGGCGACGCCGCAGAAUAGCAGCGCGUUGUCACCUCCGGCGCCAGCGGACAGAGGCUUGCCAGCAGCGCCGUCAAGGGACUCCCCGUCCACGCCUGCUGCCAAGCGCGGCGGCGGCGACUCCGACAAGAGUGGCCACAGCAAGAGCGGGAGCAGCAGAAACGGGGCACCGCCGGUGGCCGCCAUCGUGGCCGGCGUGGUGAUCGGGGUCCUGGCCUUCGGCCUGCUGAUGUGCAUCGCCGCGUGCGUGUGCUGCGCGAGGAGGAGGAAGAGGAAGAAACCCCCGCACAUGAACAUGCCCUACUACACCGACCAGCACGGGAACGUGUUCUACGCGAACAGCAUGCCCAAGUGGAAGAACAGCACCGCGAUGAUGGACCACGGCGGGGGCUGGCACGCGCCGUACUCGCCGGGGAGCGGGAACACGACGAGCGGCUCGCACGGGCCGGGGCAGAUGCCGUCGUCGUCGUCCCCGGGCAUGCCGUCGCUGGGGUUCUCCAAGAGCUCGUUCUCGUACGACGAGCUGGCGUCCGCGACGGGCGGGUUCGCGUCGGGGAACGUGCUGGGGCAGGGCGGGUUCGGGUACGUGUACAAGGGCGUGCUCCCGGGCAGCGGCAAGGAGGUGGCGGUGAAGCAGCUCAAGGCCGGUAGCGGGCAGGGCGAGCGCGAGUUCCAGGCCGAGGUGGAGAUCAUCAGCCGCGUCCACCACCGCCACCUCGUCUCCCUCGUCGGCUACUGCAUCGCCGGGUCCUCCCAGCGCCUGCUCGUCUACGAGUUCGUGCCCAACAAAACCCUCGAGUACCACCUCCACGGGAAGGGUGUGCCGGUGAUGAACUGGCCGACGAGGCUCGCCAUCGCGCUCGGCUCCGCCAAGGGCCUGGCUUACCUGCACGAAGACUGCCACCCCAGGAUCAUCCACCGAGACAUCAAGGCCGCCAACAUCCUUUUGGACGAGAAUUUCGAGGCUAAGGUCGCGGAUUUCGGACUGGCCAAGCUGACCACGGACACCAACACGCACGUCUCCACGCGCGUCAUGGGAACAUUCGGGUACCUGGCCCCGGAGUACGCGUCGAGCGGCAAGCUCACAGACAAGUCGGACGUGUUCUCCUUCGGCGUCAUGCUCUUGGAGCUCAUCACUGGCAAGCGCCCGGUUGAUCCCACCAACUACAUGGAGGACAGCCUCGUUGAUUGGGCGAGGCCCCUCCUGGCGCGCGCCUUGUCCGAGGGAGGCACCUUCGACGAGCUGCUGGACCCGCGGCUGGAGAACAACGUCGACCGGCUGGAGCUGGAGCGCAUGUGCGCCGCCGCCGCCGCCGCCGUCCGCCACUCCGCCAAGCGGCGCCCCAAGAUGAAACAGAUUGUUCGUGCCCUUGAGGGCGACGCGUUGCUGGACGACCUGAACGAGGGGGUGAAGCCGGGGCAGAGCAUGAUGUUCAGCUCCAGCUCGGAGUACGACGCCGGCGGCGGCAACUACACCUCGGACAUGAGCAGGUUCAGGAAGGUGGCCUUCGAGAGCGGCGAGUACAGCAACGAGUACGGCGCGACGAGCGAGUCCGGGGAGGCGGUGGCGACCCGCCGGCAGCAGCAUCACUGAUCGUCUCG